AUGGGGGACAAGCCACAAGAGUUUAAAGCCGGGAUCAUGGACCGCAAACGGUCGCCCAACCGCCUGGUUGUGGACGAGGCCCUGAACGACGACAACUCGGUCGUGGCGCUGAGCAUGGCCAAGAUGGAAGAGCUUGAGCUCUUUCGGGGCGACACGGUGCUGCUCAAGGGGAAAAAGGGCCACGAGACGGUCUGUGUCGUGCUCCAGGACGACACAGUAGACGACCACAACGUCCGCAUGAACAAAGUCGUGCGCAAGAACUUGCGCGUGCGGCUGGGCGACGUCGUGGGCAUCCACACAUGUGGCGACGUGCCCUACGGCAAGCGCAUCCACGUGCUGCCCAUUGACGACACGAUCGAGGGUGUGACGGGCAACUUGUUUGACGUGUACCUCAAGCCCUACUUUGUCGAAGCCUAUCGCCCCGUGAAAAAAGGCGACCUGUUUCUGGUCCGCCAGGCCAUGCACCCCGUGGAGUUCAAGGUAGUCGAGACCGAGCCAGGGCCCUAUUGCAUUGUUGCCCCGGACACGAUCAUCCACUGCGAAGGCGAACCCGUUCGACGCGAAGACGAAGAGAAGAUGGACGAAGUCGGGUACGACGACAUUGGCGGCUGUCGUCGCCAAAUGGCGCAGAUUCGGGAAAUGAUUGAGCUGCCGCUGCGUCAUCCGCAGCUGUUUAAGACGCUUGGGGUGAAACCCCCUCGCGGAGUCUUGCUCUAUGGCCCUCCUGGGUCGGGCAAGACGCUGAUUGCUCGGGCCGUAGCGAACGAGACGGGCGCUUUUUUCUUCCUGAUCAAUGGCCCCGAGAUCAUGUCGAAAAUGGCGGGCGAGUCGGAGAGCAACCUGCGAAAAGCGUUCGAAGAGGCUGAAAAGAACGCUCCGGCGAUCAUUUUCAUUGACGAGAUCGACUCGAUUGCGCCCAAGCGUGAAAAGACCAACGGGGAAGUGGAGCGCCGGAUUGUGUCGCAGUUGCUCACGCUGAUGGAUGGUCUCAAGCAGCGUGCGAGCGUUGUGGUGAUUGGCGCGACAAACCGGCCGAACAGUAUGGAUCCUGCUCUACGUCGUUUCGGCCGGUUUGACCGUGAGAUCGACAUUGGUGUGCCGGACGAGAACGGCCGUCUCGAGAUUUUCCGCAUUCAUACGCGCAACAUGAAGCUGGACGACGACGUGGACCCGGAGCUCAUUGCUCGUGACACUCAGGGUUUUGUCGGUGCUGAUAUGGCUGCGUUGUGUACAGAAGCUGCGCUACAGUGUAUCCGCGAAAAGAUGGACGUGAUUGACAUUGAGGAUGAGACCAUUGACGCUGAAAUCCUUGAUGCCAUGUCGGUUACACAGGCUCACUUUAAGUAUGCUCUUGGUGUCUCGAAUCCGUCCUCGCUGCGCGAGACGACAGUGGAGGUACCGACAGUUACGUGGAAGGAUAUUGGUGGCCUUGAGGGCGUCAAGCGGGAGCUACUGGAGCUGGUGCAGUAUCCGGUAGAGCACCCGGAAAAGUUUGAAAAGUAUGGUCUGAGUCCGUCUAAGGGCGUUCUAUUUUACGGUCCACCAGGGUGCGGAAAAACGCUACUGGCCAAGGCCGUGGCAAACGAAUGCCAGGCUAACUUUAUCUCAAUCAAGGGUCCCGAGCUUUUGACCAUGUGGUUCGGUGAAUCCGAGGCCAACGUACGUGAGGUAUUUGACAAGGCCCGAGGUGCCGCUCCGUGCGUAUUAUUUUUCGACGAACUGGAUUCUAUCGCUCAGCAGCGUGGCAGUAGUUCCGGCGAUGCUGGCGGUGCUGGCGACCGUGUGAUGAACCAACUGUUGACGGAGAUGGAUGGUAUGGGUGCGAAGAAGAACGUCUUUAUUAUUGGUGCCACGAAUCGUCCUGAUAUCAUUGAUCCAGCUCUCAUGCGUCCGGGUCGUCUGGACCAGCUGAUCUUCAUUCCCAUGCCUGACUUUGAUUCGCGUUUGAGCAUUCUGCGGUCUGUGCUACGCAAGAGCCCUGUGUCCAAGGAUGUGGAUCUCAACUUCCUUGCCCAGCAAACAGACAAGUUCUCGGGUGCCGACCUCACCGAGAUCUGCCAGCGUGCUGCCAAGUUGGCGAUUCGCGAGAGCAUUGCACGUGACAUGGAACGCGACCGUCUCCGCGCCGAGGCUGGUGACGAAAUGGAAGAUAUUGAAGAGGAGGACCCAGUGCCCGAAAUUACGCCGCGCCACUUUGAGGACGCCGUGCGCAACGCGCGUCGCUCGGUCAGCGACCGCGACUUGGCGCAGUACUCGACUUUUGCACAGACGCUGCAACAGGCGCGCUCGCAUGUGACUGCGGGCGGAACUUCACUGGCCAACUUUUCGUUUCCUGGUCGCAAUGUCAGUGCGAGCACUGGCGGUGGUGCCGCCGUGGCUGCUGGCGAAGAAGAUGAGGAGGAUCUAUACAGCUAG